CAAGAUCCUCCUGCAGGAUCUGCAGACCGAGAUUGUCCUUGCCCCUAGGUCAGCACGAGAGAGUGUACGGAAGGUGGGAUACGCACUCGAAUUGUACAUCCUUGCUUGUCGCCCCAUGCCAGAGUGAAUGGCAUUGCUGAAAGCGCGACCACGUGUACCGAGCGGUCGUAUUCGUAGUGCCCGCCAUAGCUUGGUCCGCCACUUCCGUGCCAGUGCUCGUAGGGGCUGCCCGGGAAGACAUCGCCUGGGUAGAGGGACGAGCGGCGUUCGCCGUAAAGGUAAGGGGCGUGGUAGUCUAUGGUAUGCUUAUAUGUAUUGUUUUCGUGGCCUUGUAUCGGAGUAAUGCACCAUAUCUUAUGCUUGCGUUAG